AUUUUUCUGUAGGUGUUCAACUAAUAGUUCAAGUUCGGCUGAAAAAACCCUAGUUAUGGACUCAUUACCAGAUUCUAUAUUAAAUGACUUGAGAAAAGUUGAGGUGAUAUUAACAAAAAUAGAUGAGAAUCAAACUCAAAGUGGUUACAGUUUAGAACAUGUUUUAAACAGCUCUGAUAACAUAAACAUGAGAAGUGAAAUGAUGAAAUUUGUUAGAAAUGUUAGUUUACAAUGUUUAAAUGUAUUUCCACAUGACCAUAUUUUAAAAGAAGCUGCACUUGUUGCUGAAGAGAUUUCAAACACAAAAAUGAACUCCUCUAGUGUUGCUAUUACUCCAUGUAGGACAUUGGCAAAAAGCCUCUUGAAAAGCAAUCAUCAGGAUGUACAUUUAUGUGGUGUUUAUGCAAGAAGAGAAGCUGCAUUUGGGAAUAUAGAAUAUGCAAGAAAAGUAUUUGACAUGGCAUUAUUAUCCAUUAAAGGGCUUCCAUGGGAUCCCAAAUCAAACGCCUCACUUUUAUUCUUUUGGUAUGCUGAACUUGAACUUGAACUUUCAAACAACAAUUCUUCUAGAAGCUCAGAAUCAUCAUUAUCACAAACAUUACACAUUCUUUGUUGCUUGGGAUGUCGGGUAAAAUUUAGUCAAUUCAAAAGUCAACCAUCAAGUUUACAGUUGUUAAGGGCACGUCAGGGAUUUAAAGAACAAAUAAGGGUAAUUCAGGAAACAUGGAUACAUGGGAGUAUUAAUGAAAAUUUUGUUGCUUCUAUUUGUUGUGCUUCAUUAUUUCAAGAGUUGACUUCUGGAUUGGAAUCUGGAAUACAAAUUUUAAAUCAAUCUUUUUCCAUGGUGCUUCCAGGAACUGAACUCGGAGUCGGUUAUACCUGGAAGUUUCCUCGAAUGGAAAGAGACCAUGGAUUCUUGGGGUUCCAAAAUGAUAUCUGCUAUAGAGGAUGUUACAUGGAUUUGUCUAACCAAUGGAGAGGUAGCUAUGGCCCAAAUACCCUAGAAAAACUUAUAGUAUUUGGAAAAGAUAUGAGGUUGUGGAAGGUAAUACCAACUGGACUUCAUUUAUUUGAGGCUAGGUACACAUAUGAUGGGUACACGAUGGAUUUACGUCAUCAGUCAUGCACAUGUAGAAUGUGGAUGUUGUCUGGAAUACACUAUGUUCAUGGUCAGGCAACAAUCAAGGCAAAGAUACCAAGGACUAUCAGAUAUGGAAAAUGCCAACAGAUUACAUAUAACAAGAGUUCUUGCAAGAAUGAAGAAGUUCCCAAAGAUCCUAUUCCAACAAGGAAGCUUGGGAGACCAAGGAAAGAUGGAUUUGGUCAACCAUAUUUUGACCAGUUCCCACCUAAAAGGAAUGAAACAAGGAUGGAUGGUGAAGGGACAAGCACUACUCCUAGAAAUUUUCAACAAGAAGAAAUCCAACCUACAAAAAAAAUACAAGGGAUAAUGUACCAAUUGAAAUUGGUCAAAAUGUGCAUGAUGAAGGGGAUAAGGAUGACUGAGGUUAAGGUAAAAUUGUAUGGUGUUGUGGUGAAUGAGAUUGCAAAUGAAGUGAAUGAUACUGAAGGUGAGGUGAAAGAGCAUGUGGUUGAGGUGAAUAAUCUUGAGGCUGAGGGGAAUGGGCUUGAGCCUGAGGGGAAUGAGGCUAAGGUGAAUGAACUUCAGGAUGAAGGGAAUGAGGAUGAGGUAAAUGAGUUUGGGGGCAUGAUAAGAGACAUAGUUGAAUAUGGAUAUCUACAAGCUGAAAUUGAGUUAACUAUGCAACAGUUAGAAGGGAAAGACAUAAAAUGA